AUGAGGAAUUGGUUUGCGAUUUUAAGGGAAUCUCUGCUACUAGAGCUGCUUUUGUUUCUUUGCCACGUUUCAAAUUUGGACUGUGAAAAGAUUCUGGGGCAGGAAAAUGAGGAGUUUGAUUUCGAUGGAUUACCGGGGGCUCAACAUGAGUUCAAAGUUCACAUCCCAGGAUCUACUGAGGAUUGCUUCUUUCAGCCAGCUGUCAAAGGAGCCAGGUUCCAUGUUAAUUUUGAAGUUUUAAAAGGAGAGCAGUUCAUCGACUUCUACAUCAGGGACCCUCAAUGGCAGGUCCUGGAAUAUCAAAACUAUAAAUCCAGCGGACAGUACAGCGUGGAGAGUCCUGAAGAUGCGACAUACGCCGUCUGUCUGCACAAUGCCUUCAGCCGGCUCGGGAGCACUCUGGUUUAUGUCUACAUUGUCACCUUCGUCAUGCAUGAGUGGGUCCAAUUUCAGCAGGAACUCACAGACGUUAACAUUUUGGCUGCUAACUUUUCACAAACCCUGACUGGUGUACAGGAGAUGGUUUCUGAAAUGAGAAGCUCACAAGCAAAAGCAAGAUUCCAUGUUAUAAAAGAUUGGUAUCUAGUCGAAGGAAACAACACUUACGUCCAGAACUGGUCCUUGGUUCAGUGUAUCCUAAUUGCUGCCGCAGCCAUCAUUCAGGUUUACUCCGUGCGCAGAUUGUUUCGAUCGUCAAAUGUGACUCCAACCACAGCAAAGCCAAGAGCAUGA